AAACCGGUAUACUCGCUGCACAAUGUCUUCAAAAUCCUUUAUUUUACACGUUGACUCCACAGUAAAAAGUAUUGGAAACUAGAUAAAAUUUUAAUCAUCCCAACGUAAACUUUUCUAGUGCUCAUUUAAGCUAUUUUUAAAUAGUAUAGUAAAAUCAUUUUAAUGAAGCUGCAGGAAUAAUUUUUCAGGAUGUUGGUCCUGCUAAUAUUUUUGUCAUGCCUUACGGCGUGUUCGUCGUCAUUCAUCGACGAGAUGCAGACCUACGAGUCUGAGUGUCUCACAGAGGGUGCGUUCACGUGUUUGGCUGGAGGCUGUGUGGCGCAAGACAAAUACUGUGAUGGGAACUAUGACUGUGAGGACGGGAGCGACGAGAAUUUUUGCAUAAACCACCCUCCCGAUGAACACUAUUGCAACGACACCCACCAAUUCAUGUGCGCUGACAGUCUGAAGUGUAUACCAAGCGCAUGGGUGUGCAACGAAGAAGUCGAUUGUUCAGACGGCAGCGAUGAGGUCAACUGUCCAACUGUAGUUGUUCCAGACAAUGCGAACUCAACAUGCAAAGGAUUCCUAUGUGACGGCAAAAAGUGUAUUUCAAAGUUUUGGAUGUGCGAUGGCUAUUACGACUGUAACGAUAGAUCCGACGAAGAUGCUAGGGAUACAUGCAGACACAUAUUGCAUUCGAAAACGUUACACGAUAUGUACUUGCACGAUUUGUCGUACUGCGAGAAGAGGGGAAGGUACACUUGUCUGGAUAAGUCUUAUUGCUUGCCAGCGGAAUAUAUGUGCGAUGGACUCAAAGACUGCAAGGAUGGUAGCGAUGAAGGCACGUUUUGUGAGCAUUGGCCUACUAUGUGUGAAAACCACACGUGUCCUCAAAACGCGGUCUGCAAGCCCCAACGGUUUGGGCCCUCCUGCUUGUGCGAGACAUACAAGAUAUAUAACACCACGACCAAGCAGUGCGAGGAGACCGACCACUGCGCCGAAGAGAAACCGGUUUGCUCACACAUGUGUGUGAACAAAGGGGACCAUUUUCAAUGUGUGUGUGAUCACGGAUACACGCCUGAUGUCGCGAAGUACUUGUGCUUUGCUCCAGAUCCAGAAGCGUUAUUAUUCUUCAACACGCGCAACGACAUAAGAUAUGUAUCAGUUAAAUCGAAGCAUCAAGUGAUCGCCACAACGGGCAUCAAACAGGCCCACGCAGUUUCCUAUGACGGGAACUAUCUGUACUGGGUGGAGACGGCACAAGGUCACCAGGCCAUCAUGAGGGCAAGACUCGACGAUGUUAAAGAUUCUAAACAGGUGAUAGCAGCUCUAGGUCUGGAAGAUCCAGGUGACAUAGCUAUAGAUUACUUGGGGGAUAACAUAUAUUUCGGCGACCAGAAACGCGGCAUCAUAUCGGUUUGUCGGUCAGAUGGCUCAGUGUGCACCACUCUGAAAACUAGCACAAAACACCCGAGGUUCGUUACACUGGAUCCGAGGCAAGGCAAAAUGUACUGGGUCGACUGGCACGAAAGGGAGGUAAUAAUGCACGCGAACAUGGACGGAUCCAACGCGGAAGUGUUGGUCAACAACCUAAGCUCCGUCGCCACUGGCCUUGCGUUGGACGCUCCCAAUGGAAGACUGUAUUACGUGGAUGAAACUAUUAAAGUGAUCAGACUCGAGGAUAGGAUGAUCUAUUCGUUCUUCGAGGAGCCCUUCCAUCAUCCGUACUCGCUGGCAGUUUUCGAGAACACGGUGUUCUGGAGCGACUUCACGUCAAACACCAUACAGACGACGGACAAGAUACACGGCACCACCUUCAACAGAAACAUUCUGCUUUCACUGGAAAUGCCAGUGUUCGAUAUACACAUUUAUCACCCGGUUCUGAUGAACAAGACCCAGAACCCUUGCUCCCAGCACGACUGCUUGAUCUGCCUCAUCACCUCGAACACGAGCCACGUUUGCGCCUGCCCGGACGACAUGCAGAUGGUUGGAGGUCACUGCCAACCCACCCCGGGCUACCGUCCACAGUACCUGAUAGUGGGAGCGGGGUCGACGUUCAGCCGCGUACACUACAACGCUAUCGGCAACCCUGAAACACAUGGCACUAACCUCGACAUCGGCAGGGUUCAAGCCAUGGCCUACGACUCCAUCAGAGACGCCCUGUACAUCUACGACGGUCAACACAAAUCAAUAAGCCACAUAAACAUGAGUGACUUCACGCUGGGGAUGACUGAACUGCUUCUGUACAAGGGAUUGGAAAACGUUGUUGAUAUGGACUACGAUUUCGUGUCAGACAAUCUGUACGUGUUGGACGCGGGUCGGCGCGUCUUAGAAGUUGUAUCACUGCGGAACAAGCAUAGCACCUUGCUGUACUCCUUCCGAGACCAGGAGAUUCCCCUUAGCCUGUGCGUCAUGCCGGAUUAUGGGCGAAUGCUGGUCGCAGUUCUGGAGAGUGAAGAAAAUAAUAGGAUUCACAUCGACAGCAUGGGACUAGAUGGCACCAACAGGGUACAUUUACUGCUGAACAACGUUAUCGGUCCAAACAUCCGCCUUCGGUAUUCGCCAGAGAUGAACGUCGUGUACAUAGCUGACGAUGGGAACGCUGUCAUUGAUGUCAUUCAUCCUGAAGGUUCAGGGCGAGAGAUAUUCAGUGAAGUACUGACAACAGUCGCUAGUUUGGCAGUGAGCGAUACGCAUGUGUUCUGGACGGACAGGAGUUCGUCGCGCCUCUACUGGGCAAACGUUCAUGAAGCUUCCCAUAAGACACAUCAGAUACGCCGGAUGGAGCUCUCAAUCUUCCCAAACCAGACCCAUCUGCAUAUCCUAACAACUACUCUUCCUCCUGACUCUAAAAACCCGUACCGCCAGCACAAAUGCUUCCAACCCCCCACCCCAUGCUCGCACAUAUGCGUGCAAUCCCCCCACCCGCCUCACACCACUAACGUCUCCAGCAUGGGGUAUACAUGCCGUUGUCCCGCGGGUUUCCUCACGUUCGACAAAUGCAUGGAGUUCGUGGAGUGUCGCGCCGAUGAACUGCUUUGCCAUAAGAGCGUGGAAUGUUUCGCGGCGAACAAAAAGUGCGACGGUGUGAAGGAUUGCAAGUUUGGGGAAGACGAAGAGGGGUGUGGGGAUACUUUUGCAGAAAGUUCCGAUACAUGUCCAGUGAAUCAGAUAAACUGCCAUGGCCUUUGUAUUCCGAAAACUGAAGUGUGCAAUCAUACUAUAUUAAAACCCGUUGUCCCAGUAUCCAAACCACUGAUGUGUGAUUCCGAGGAGUUCCGAUGCUCCGACAAUUCGGUGUGCAUCGAGAGAUCUCUGGCCUGCGACGGCCACUCCGACUGCGUUGAUGGUUCCGACGAGCAUCCCGAUGCUUGUGACGUCAGGUCGUGUUUCAACACGGAAUUCAUGUGUGCGAUUGGCAAAUGUAUUCCAAUUUCGUGGAAAUGCGACAGAAAUGAAGACUGCCCUGAUGGGUCCGAUGAGGUCGGCUGUGACACCAGAUCGUGUCCCGAGGGUACGUUCCAAUGCGGCAACGGCUCCUGCGUGGAGGUCUACAAGCGAUGCGACGGGAAGUCCGAUUGCCCCGACCAUGCAGACGAAGAGGGCUGCGACGUGUCCGAAUUCAUCGAAGUUUCGGAGCACGUGAUAACAUGCUCGCCGUGGGAGCAUCCUUGCGAACACAACAAGACCAUGUGUCUGCCGUUGACAGCUCGGUGUAACGGCAAAGUGGAUUGCCCCGGCGCUACGGAUGAAGACGGUUGCGACUUCCACUGCGGUGGCGUCGACAGCAAAUACUUCCCAUGCAAGCAAGAGUAUAAGUGCGUCAAGAAAGCAUACGUCUGUAACGGACGCAAAGACUGCAGCGACGGUUCCGACGAGACGUUCGAAGCGUGUGUAAAAGUGAAUAAAACAAUUCCCCUACAACAUCCCGUCCACGUGGCGGAAUCCUGCAGCGAUGGCUACCGCUGUGGCAGCGAAGAGUGCGUGGAGUGGACGCGAGUAUGCGACAAUACAACCGAUUGUUUCGAUGGCUCCGACGAAGGAGGGUUAUGUGGCAAGGUAUGCAAAUAUGGUACAUGCCAGCAUAAGUGUCAUACGACCCCGCGCGGUCCGCUCUGCACGUGCUCGCACGGGUACGUGGCGCACGGGAGCACGUGCCGCGACGUUGACGAGUGCAAACAGCGGCCGUGCUCGCAUGCCUGCGUCAACCUACCCGGAUCAUUUGUGUGCGCGUGCCACAGAGGGUACGCUCUGAGAUCGGAUCGUCGCUCGUGCAAGGCUCUCCGCGGAAGGCUCUCCGUCAUCUACACGAGAGGCAGUUCGCUGUGGGCUAUGACCAACCAUUUGCAUAACAUCCAUCUGCACUCUGACGAGGGGACUUUUGGCGACCUCGAUGUCGACGUCAGAAACAAAAAGGUGUACGUAGCAUCCAGUCAGGCGAAGAAACUUUUCGAAAUCAACUUGUCUGGAAAGGACUCGACCUCUGAUAGAAUUACUAACAUCGGAAUACCCGAUAAGGUGGCAUUGGAUUGGAUAACCGGGAACGUGUACUUCGUGGAUGCCAGCGCAACAGCCAGCUAUAUAAGGGUGUGCAAUUUCCACCACAGGCGAUGCGCAAGGCUGCAGAAACUUCCUUCAGGUUCUAAGGUCACCGCAUUGUCAGUGGACCCGUCCAACCGCCUUAUGUUCUAUUGUACAACUGAAGCUGGUGAGGCACUGGUAUGGUCAGCGUCCCUAUCCGGUAGGAAUGUCUCCGACCUGGCCACUGCCCAGAGCUGUUCCGGUCUUACCGUGGACUCCUUCUCCAAGAUUCUGUACAUCGCAUCUGAUAAUCCGUCGGGUAUAAUGGAACUCAACUAUGAUGGGAGCCCAAAAACUGUCUUCCACUUUUCGAAAAAAGACCUUCACUCUCCGCGCGACGUGGCUCUGUUCGAAGACCACAUCUACUUCCUCAGCAACUCCCACCUGAGCCGUUGUCUCCUCUUCGCGACCAAGACAUGCGACAGCUACGACCACGUCAUUAAUGCCACCAACUUCGCCAUUCGCCACGAGAGUGUCCAAAGAGAUGAUAUUACCAACGACUGCGUGGACAAAGUUUGCGCAAACGUUUGCGCGUUGGGACCAAUUGGGGCGGAGUGCGUUUGUCACGACGGAAGUGUUUCGGGAGAUGGAACAUGUCCGUUGGUGAAGACGAGCGAGUUGGCGCAAUUCAACGGCUGGACCUACCAGGAGUACAGGAGCCAUUCGGUGUCCUACGUGCUGAUCGCGGUGGUACUGUUGCUGUUCGCACUGUACUUGUGCGUCUUCGUGUACUACCAUUUCAUCAAGAAGAAGAACGCAGCGGACAACAUGCACGUGAGGUACAAGAAUGCACCGGAAGGUGUAACGCAGAUCCCCAACCCCUUCAUAGAAAUGCCAGACGCUGCUGGAUAUGCUCUUGGAAGUGCGGCUGCCCACGAGUUUGUGAAUCCGCUGCAGUUUGUGAGAAACUAUUGGCAGGAGUCCUUUUUUAAGAAGAAACCUAUUGGCACUGCCGGACUCCUGUUUGAUACACAGCAAGAUCUCUCAGAUACAGAAUCAGAUUUGGACACCAAGGAAACCAAAAGAAUGAUUAUUCAUAAGUUUAAUUAAA